AUGGCGGAUGCCGAGGAAGGCUUCGGACUCCCUGCAACGCCGGUAGAUUCGGACACCAAGGAGCUGCCGAGCGAAGGCAAGACCGACAGCCAGCUGGGGGGAGCCAGUAGCAAGCAGCCCUCCUCCCCCCAGGCCGCCUUUACCCAACAGGGCAUGGAGGGAAUCAAAGUAUUUUUACACGAACGGGAAUUAUGGCUCAAAUUUCAUGACGUGGGGACCGAAAUGAUUAUAACCAAAGCUGGAAGGCGAAUGUUUCCCAGUUACAAAGUGAAAGUCACGGGACUCAACCCCAAAACGAAGUACAUUCUGUUGAUGGAUAUUGUCCCCUCUGAUGACCAUAGAUACAAAUUUGCAGAUAAUAAAUGGUCAGUGACUGGGAAAGCUGAACCUGCCAUGCCCGGAAGAUUAUAUGUCCACCCAGACUCACCAGCCACCGGGGCCCAUUGGAUGCGGCAGCUGGUUUCCUUCCAAAAGCUCAAGCUGACGAACAAUCAUCUUGAUCCAUUUGGCCAUAUCAUUCUCAACUCUAUGCAUAAAUACCAGCCCAGACUCCAUAUCGUCAAAGCCGAUGAGAACAACGGAUUCGGCUCCAAAAACACGGCCUUCUGCACCCACGUCUUUCCGGAGACGGCUUUUAUCGCUGUGACCUCCUACCAGAAUCACAAGAUCACCCAACUGAAGAUUGAGAACAACCCCUUUGCAAAAGGAUUUCGAGGCAGUGACGAUAUGGAACUGCACAGGAUGUCAAGAAUGCAAAGCAAGGAGUACCCUGUGGUUCCCAGGAGCACGGUCAGGCAGAAAGUUGCCUCCAACCACAGUCCCUUCAGCGGAGAAACCCGGGCUCUGUCAGCCUCUUCCAACAUCGGAUCUCAGUUCCAGUGUGAAAAUGGUGUCUCCAGCACCUCCCAGGACCUUCUACCGCCAGCCAACCCAUACCCUGUAUCCCAAGACCACGGCCAGAUUUACCACUGCACCAAGAGAAAAGAUGAGGAAUGUCCAACCACGGAACACCCAUAUAAGAAGCCCUACAUGGAAACGUCUCCUCCAGAAGAAGACUCAUUCUAUCGCUCCGGCUAUUCCCAGCAGCCGGGGCUGAACGCCAGUGCCUACAGGACUGAAUCGGCUCAGCGUCAAGCCUGUAUGUACGCCAGCUCCGCACCGGCCACGGAGCCGGUGCCCAGUUUGGAAGACAUCAGUUGCAACACGUGGCCUGCCGUGCCCUCUUACAGCAGUUGCACAGUGACUACGAUGCAGCCCAUGGACCGCCUCCCCUACCAACAUUUCUCCACCCAUUUCACCUCCGGCCCCCUGAUGCCCCGGCUCGCCACCGUCGCCAGUCACACCUCGCCGCAAAUUGGGGACACGCACGCCAUGUUCCAGCACCAGGCCUCCGUCCCCCACCAGGCCAUCGUCCGGCAGUGUGGGCCUCAAGCCAGUCUCCAGUCGGCUUCCAGCAGCUUACAACCUGCAGAGUUUCUUUACUCCCAUGGGGUACCCCGGACCCUCUCUCCCCACCAGUACCAUUCCAUGCACGGGGUGGGCAUGGUACCAGAAUGGAGCGAGAACAGCUAA